UAAAUUUAUUUAUUCAGUAUUUAUUUGUCAUUCAUUGAAAAUGGUUGCAUCAGCAACUGGAAGUAGUAAAGUUAUGUUCGAUUUUACUCGAACAGAUCAAGUUGGAAAUUGGAUUGAAUCAUCAGACACAAUUAAAACAACUGGUAUGUCAAAAGCUGUUAUUGCUAUUCAAAAAACAAAUUUAGUACAAAGAGGAAUAUUAUUUACGUUAUUUAAUCCAAGACCAAAUAAACUUGGCUAUGCUGCUGUUAAAUGUGAUGCUAAUUUUGAUUUAACUGGUUAUAAUUGUAUAACAAUUAAAUGUCGUGGUCAAGGUGUUAAUUUAAAAUACAAAAUGUUAUUGAGACACAAAGGAAUGGAUACAAAUUCAAUUGUUUAUGGACAAAUAUUUACGGCACCUGAUAAUGAAUUUGCAACAAUAAAACUACCAAUUACAGAUUUUAAGCCUUAUUUACGUGGACAGGAAAUUUCAAUUGAAGAUAAUCCAUUGGAUAAAUCAAAAAUAACAAGUAUCAGUUUAAAAGUUGAUAUGGGACCUUAUUUACCUGAUAAUCAACCAGGUGUUGCUGCAUUGGAAAUUGAUUGGAUCAAAGCAAUUAAAUGACAUAAUCAUAAAACAAUACAUACAUUAUAAUAAAUUAUUUUUAAUAAUAAAUUUACAUCUUCCAAAGAAUUAGAAAAUUUAAUUAAAUAGAUUAUAGAAUAAUUUAAAACAAUUAAAAACUAGUUUUUAGAAUUUAGAAAAUAAUUUGUAAAUAAAGCUUUAAGCAGUGAAUCG